CUCAAAUUCAUCGGCAUCCUAAUUCCUAACCACUGUACGGAGAAGUAGAGCGAGAGGAAAAGCUAAACUGACCAAAACAAGAUGUGGGGCGAUCUUCUUCUCCAGGCUGCUCUCAUCUUCAUCUCCAUCUUCGCCUAUCUUCUUAUGCACAACAUCCCUCAGAAGCUCUUCUCUGAGCUCCGAAUUCGAAGCAGAUCGCGCACAAUCCAGGCCAGGCGCCACUUCGUCUUGGGCGCGCAGCGUCUGGAUCGGGCCAGGUCCGCCAAGGAACUGUCCCCGGCGAUGAGGAUUUCGCUGGCCAAAUCGGCCGAGGAAGAGGCCGACAAGGCCAUCGGACUCGACACCAAGGACGCCGCGCUCCACCUGCUCAAGGCGAUGGCCCUCGAGAUCCAGGGCUUCAGGACCUCGGCUCUGGAUUCGAUGGACGCGGCGCUGUCGCCGAUGGCGGCGAGAUCCCUCAGCGUCACGGAGAGGGCGGAGGCGCUGCACAAGCGGGCGGCGCUGAGGACCGCGGCGAAUCGGGACGGAGGAGUCGACUCGUCGGCGGUUGCGGACCUGGAGGAGUCGGUGCGGCUGAAGGGGGAUGACGUCAAGGCGAUUUGUCUGUUAGGAGAGUGCUACGAGAAGAAAGGGCUGAAAGAGGAGGCCAGAAAGACAUACGAAGACGCCCUGAAAAUCAAGCCCGAUUGUUCCGCUGCCGAAAAUGCCCUUUCCCGUCUGGCUUCAUAAAGCUCCUCCCUCCGGUCAUUCCCAGCCAGCCCGGCGAUGACCAUUUUCAGGUGAGAAAUUUCACCGGCGCGGAUGAAAUCCAAAUUUGCGGUAUCACAGCUCUUUGUAACAAUAAUAAUAAUGCUUCUUCUUCUACAUGUACACGUGAGAAUUUCACCUGAAACUUUCAGUUGAUUAAUAUUCCUAUUAUACGGAGAAACAUUUCGAUCUAAUACUGCUAGACUCUCCUCUCUCAGAGCAUAAAAUGGAUGCCGGCGGUCUAAUUGUGGGCCACUUUCGAUGUUACACCUUCAUCC